UUCUUCACCUCACAGUAUCCUUUAGGCCAUUAAGUGGGAAAAACAACAACAAACCCCCACGAGACAGACACGCCGGAUAAGCCGGAUAAGCCGGAUAAGCUCAACCCACCUAGUUCAACCGAGUGGGCGUGGUAUUGCCUGGCAGCCAGGCGUCAUAUCCUUCUAUCCAGCACCGGGAGAUUCAGCCGGUCUGCGGUCUGGCCGGGAUCUGGGCAGGUUGACGUUGAGUUUUUCGGAUUUUCUGUUUUUCACCAUUUUACCCUGGAGAUGAAAUGGCGAUUGGACCCGGUCAUGCCUUUCGAUCCGUCGCCGGAUGUGGCCACCCAACCGGCUUUAGUGGCGCGUGUGCCCGACCAAAAGAAACUCUCCAGCAUCGUCAAGACGCUGGGCGCCAUUUACCCGCUGACCGAAAACCAACAGUUUCUGAAACGAGUCAAAAAGAAGAUUGGCUCGUGGACCGUACUUGUGCGGUUGGGCGUCACGGCUCAGUCCGAUCUGCACGCUUCGGUGCAAUCCCUCAUCGCCGAGCACGGGCUUGAACCCGAAACCGCCAUUGUGCCGGCUGGGCCGCCGCAAACCCGGGCCCAAUUUGAACGCUCCACCCAAUUGUGGCCGUGUCGAUUCCACGAGGACAAAAAACUGGAAGAUCUCCUGGGCCAUCGGGACCCGGAUCUCUGGGGCGGGCCGGCCCUCAGCCGGCAUUACGCUCACAUGGCCAGCGUGCUCACGGCUCGCACGCGUGCCGGUCACGAUAAUGUGGUGUUAGUCCACCCGGGCGGGACGGAAUCGCGCAACGUCCAUCUAGAACGCGAUGGGUUGUGUACGGGUCAUCCGGUCAUGGCCGCCAUUACGCAAUCGGCGUCCAAUGAUAGUCCGGCCGGCUAUUUGUGGUCGGAUUGCGACGUCUACUUGGCCGAAGAGCCUUGUCUCAUGUGUUCCAUGGCCUUAGUGCACGCUCGAGUGCGUCAGAUCUUUUUUUGCUUUCCCUCGCCGAGUGGCGCUUUGCAGACCCUGGUUCGACUCCACGCCCUGCAACCGCUCAACCAUAAGUUUGGCGUGUUUUGGCUCCGUCCUGAGCACGGAGGAUCACUGUGAUAUCCAACUAUGACGAUGUAAUGAAUAAUGAGCCUAUGAAACUUGUUGAUCUAGA